AUGUUGAUUCUUCGUACUAGUGUACCACAAUUGGGUCGUAAGCGCCUGAUUCGUCACGUUUUGAGCGCUUCCCGGUUUCAGAGCACCACGCCGUUGCAGAGAUACGACCAGCUGGUGUCUGAGAACCGGCUUCGGGACGAUUCGUAUCAGCGGGGUAUAUUGACGAGUCUGGAGGGGCUCCACGGUGAAUUGCUGGCAUACAAGCCGCCGGAUGUUUUGCAGCCGGAUAUCAAAGAUCUCACGCCCAAGACGGGUUUGUCGAAGGUGUUUGGGUCGCUGUUCGGCAAAUCUCACGCCAAGGAGCCGGAAACCGUGAAUGUCCCGCAUGGAAUAUAUUUAUAUGGAGAUGUGGGGUGCGGUAAAACCAUGCUGAUGGACCUAUUUUACCACACGGUUCCGGGACAUCUAACCAAACGGAGGGUUCAUUUCCACCAGUUCAUGCAAAACCUGCACAAACGAUCGCACGAACUUAAACAUCAGCAUGGUGGCCACCAGGAACUGGACGUGAUUCCGUUGUUGGCGUGGGAAUUGGCACAGCAAUCGACUGUUUUGUGCUUUGACGAGUUCCAGGUGACGGAUGUUGCCGACGCGAUGCUUCUGAGACGGCUGCUGAACCUGGUUUUGCGGUCAGACCAUGGCUUAAUUUUAUUUGCAACCUCGAACAGAGCACCGGACGACUUGUACAUCAACGGGAUCCAACGCGAAUCGUUCAUUCCGUGCAUCCAGCUGAUCAAGCGAGUGACCAAUGUGAUCUACCUGAAUUCGCCCACAGACUACAGAAAGGUGCCUAAACCUGUUUCUUCGGUGUAUUACUCGCCAAAGCCAGGAAUCAGGUUCGACUCGAAAAUAUCCCGCAAACAACAACAGCAGCACAUUGAAAGCUGGUACGAGUUUUUCGCCCAGGGCCAUCCAAAGAAGGAGAACGUCCCGCUGAAAAUCUGGGGAAGAGAUUUGGUUGUCCCCGUUAGUUCUCCAGGACAUGUUGCCAUGUUUACCUUUGACCAGCUCUGUGGCCAGCCGUUGGCCGCUGGCGAUUACCUGACUCUGGCGUCUUCCUACAAAGCGUUCAUCGUGACAGAUAUUCCGUACCUGAGCGUCAAUGUCCGUGAUAAAGUGCGAAGAUUCAUCACAUUCCUCGACGCCGUUUAUGAUAGCCACGGGUGUUUGGCCGUCACCGCCGCCGCUUCCUUCACAGAUAUAUUUGUCGAGCCCGAAGACAUCGGCAACGGUGACUACUCGUUGCUUGACCACAAAGACGAGCAGGUGAACGACGCUCUUGAGAACGACGACUUGGUUAAGAAUCACGGAUUCGACAAGAGGAUCGCCAAAAAGGCAGCCAUGUUUGGAAACUUGGACGAAGAACGGUUUGCGUUUGCACGUGCGUUGAGCAGACUCAGCCAGAUGAGCACCCAGAACUGGAUAGAGGAUAGUUUUUCAUGA